UUCCUGUUUUCUAGGGUGAAGCAGCUGACAGAUGAGGAAGAGUGUUGUAUCUGCAUGGACGGGCGAGCUGAUCUGAUCCUGCCCUGCGCUCACAGCUUCUGCCAGAAAUGUAUUGACAAAUGGAGCGACCGGAACCGCAAUUGUCCCAUCUGCCGCUUGCAAGUGACGGGCACCAAUGACUCAUGGGUGGUUUCAGAAGCCCCCACGGAGGAAGAUGUGGCCAGUUAUAUACUGAAUUUGGCUGACGAGGUUGGGCAGCCCCAUGACACCUUCUUCUGAUCACAUGGUCGGCGUCCUCAUUACCAUCUGUGUAACAGUGUUUUAUCUGCAUGAGGGACACCAGAGGAUGAUUAUAAUGUCCACCUCUGAUCAACAUGUAUAGCUCAUAGAUAGAAUCAACUUCCAUACACAGUGCAGUCACUGUGCACAUACAUUACUGAUCCUGAGUUACAUCCUGUAUUAUACUCCAGAGCUGCGCUCACUAUUCUGCUGGUGCAGU